UUUGUUUUGAUGUCACGUUGACAUGUCAAAUAAAAGAAAAAUGGCGCAAGGUGCCCAAGUCGGUGUAAGGUUCACGUGGGUCAUAAAGUGCAUUUGAAAUGUUUACAUCAUUUCCGUAUCAAAAUUUGCAGUUUUAAAGCUGUUAUCGUUGCAUUUACGACUGUUUCAAUACACAACGUAGAAGUGAUAGCACUCUCAUUUACAUAGUGGAUAAGUUCGUUAGUCGAUUCUGAGCCAUGGACAUUCCACUUUAUUACAUCACAAAAUCCUGAACUUUCUGCUACAGUGAAGGACUUUGUAAAAAUUUUGACACGAUGCCGAAGUUUUUUGCCGAAACGACGGUCUUUAAUUAUACCUGGGAACAAGUGGCACAAGCAUUUUGGAGGAGGUACCCCAAUCCAAACAGUAAACAUGUUUUGAGCGAAGACACCGUCGAACGAGGAGUUGAGUCUGGAAAACUGGUAACAAAAAGACUGCUUAGCAAAACUAACAGCAUUCCAAAAUGGGCAGAAAGGUUCAUGCAUGCAAGGCAUGUCUAUAUUAUUGAAGAAAGUAUUGUUGAUCCAUCAAACAAAGUACUUGUUACUUAUACAAGAAACUUGGGAUAUGCUAAGGUUAUGAGUGUGACAGAGAAAGUAGUUUAUACAGAAAGUAUUGAACAGCCUGGUAAAACUGUAGUAAUUAGACAGGCAUGGAUUGAUUCACAAGUUAGAGGAUUCAGCAGAGCCAUUUGUGCAUUUGGGUAUGAAAGGUUCAAGAAAAACUGUCAUAAAAUGGCAGGGGGAUUCAACUAUGUAUUAUCCAACCUAUUUCCACAUCAUAACACCCUACCAUCAACCAGUGCUACAAUCACAGCAGCCAUGAAGUUGAAAGACGCUGCAAAAAAUGCUUCAGAUUUGGCAAAAUCCAAAGCUGCACCCAUUUAUGCUACACUACAUCCAAACCAAUCUUAAAAUGCUGUAUAUUGAUGGUUUAAGACUUUCACUCCAAGUUUUGUUUCUAAGUAGUGUCUAGUAUACAAUCAUGUUAUGGUUGGGAAUAUAUGUAUAAUUAUAGAAAAAUUCAUUAAACAAAUUAUGAUUAACUUAAUGCUGUCAUUUUGAUACUUUUGUAUUAUAUUUUCUUAUAGAAAUGCUAGUCCAAAUAUUUCCUUUUUAUGAGAGAUGUACUAUGAUAUAUUUUAUCCACCAAUUGCUGUUAGAUAAUAAGACAAUAUAUUGAUAACGUUACAAGAAUUAUUCUUUUCCAUCUAUAUAGUGAUGGAAGAUCCAGUUUUGACCAUCAUCUAUAUUGAAUUUGUAGCAAAAAAGUAGGUCAUCUCAAAAUGUUAAAAUUCAGGCCUCUGCAGUAGGACGUAAUUAAAACAUGAAUUAAUUUUAUUUAGGAUACUAAGUGACCUUGAUCCCAUUUUAUUUUAUAGAAAACAUCAUAAAAAAUACACACAAUUCAUUCACAAAAGGCAAUAUAAAUUUUUUCUUCUGAUGCCAUAAUUCCAGAUCACAGUAAUGCUAACAUCAUAUUUUGUUUACUGUUUAAGGUUCACUUUAAUCUUAUGAUAAGCGUUGCCUAAAACUCCUCGAAUAUUCCAUAUGUGUUCAAAAUUUUCUGGCUGAGUAUUGUAACACGAAUCAACUGCUUUAACCAUAAUAUCUGCCUGCAAUGUAAAAAUCAGCUUUUCAGUGUAUUUUUUUCAAAAAAGAUAUGUAUCAAUCAAUUAACAAUGAGUUUGUAGGCCUUAUUUACGAAAUUCGAUCCGCUGAAAACCUACCGUUUUCGAUUUGUUGUCGACAGGAAUGUUGGCGGACCAUAAAGUCCAUGACCAAUGUCUUGGCGGUUCAGAACUGUCUUGCGCGUCAACAUUGGCAACAUGCCAGGUUUUUCCACCAUCUGCAGAUACAUCUACCCUGACAAUUUUUUGACCACCCCCAGACCAUGCAUAACCUACAAGAAUCAUUAGAAAUUUAUCUAUUUGUUUAUUUUUUCUUCCCAGUAGUCGAGUAAAAUAUUGUAAUCGUAAAUUAAUCAAAUUCGGAAUGUUUCGUAUGGAUGGUCUUGCGAAAACCAAAAGUUCUCCUCUUGUAAGCAUACCAAGCAAGGUUAAAAGUUGCUUUGAAAUAAACUAAGCCUAAGAUACUAUUUGGAUUCCUGUAGGGAAAGAUUUGAUCUUUAAUUUAGACAGUGGUAGUAAUAUUGACCGAGAUUUUACGUAUUGAAAAUGCCCCUUUUUAGGGUCUUUCUGACACUGAAUCACUUAUAACUCG